UUUUUAUCAUUGUGCAAUCCUUACUUCUUUGCUGGUUAAUAAAACCCCGCUUAUCUCGUGGACUAUUCGUUAGUUUCGGUAGAUCUUUCGUGAACGGAACAUAUCACUCUCCCCGCAAAGAUGGUUGUUGAAUCGGUGGAAAAGUGCCCAGCGAGCUUCGAGCCGUACCAGUGCACCCUGUCCGAUGAUCUGCAGAAGCUGGCCAAGGAGCAGCUGGGCGAGGACGAAGCGAUCCGGGAGCACUCGCUCGGACAGCUUCGCGACUGGAUCGCCAAGCAUCCGUACAUCCGUAAGUGCCGUACGGAUGCCCGAUUCUUGCUGCGAUUCCUGCGCCACCGAAAGUAUUCCGUUCCGAAGGCCCAAGAAUCGAUUGAACGGUAUCUGGUGGUGAGACAGCGACUUCCGGAGUGGUACCAGAAGCUGGAUCCCCGUGAUGCGACCCUGAAGCAGAUGCUCGAUGAGCUGGUAUUGUCCGUUCUAGGGCAUGACGAAAACGGUCGGCUGGUCCUUCUGGCCCGAAUGGGUCGAUUCAACACGGAUAACCUUAUUCCGAUGCACCUGUUCCGGUUCUUAACCAUGCUCUCGGAGUACCUGCUCGACAACGACGAAUCUCUUCAAGUGGCGGGACUCCGCAUCUGGAUCGAUCACUCCAACACGCCGCUCAAAUACUUUGGCCUGUGGGGUAUCAACGAUCUUAAGGUGUCGAUGGAAUCGAUCUCGAAGCUGAUGCCGUUCCGUCUUUACGAAGUACGCUUUGCCGAGCUGGCAUCGACUGCGACUUCGCUGAUCAACAUGGCCAUGUCCAUGGGCGGUCCGAAGCUGAAGGAAAGAGUAACGUUCUACUCGACCGUGGAGGAGUCCAAGCCACACUUUGAGGAGAAGCUGUGGAUCAAGGAGUACGGUGGCUCGCUGGACGCGGCCGAGCUGAACCGAAAGCUGGGUGAGCAGCUGGAGAAGGCCAGAGACGAGCUGCUGGCGCUGGACGAGAUGGAGAUCGAUGUCGAGCACUAUUCGGCACUGUGGAAGCUGGACCUGAACUCGGGCGAAAUCGACGGAGGAAUCGCCGGAAACUUCCGCAAGCUGGAGGUGGAUUAACGUCGUACAAGGAGUGACGAACGUGACUUAAUUGUUAUUGUUUUUUUGUUGCUAGAUGCUUUAGUUUUGUAAGUGCACUAUCAUGCUGAAUAAAAUUACGUGUGGCACGCUGUUUAA